GUUUGCCCCUCCCUUUUCUCUUGGCUUUCUUUUCUUUUUGAGUUAAAAAAAAAAAAAACUAGCUGCCGCCUGGUAGUCGAAGAAAGACUGGUGGCGUGCCGGGCUGCCAUCAUUAGGGAUUUUCCAGACUGUAUCUGGACGCGAUAGUAGUUGUAUACAUCCAGGAAUGAUGUAGUGUAAGCACGCUGUGAGUCACAGCUGAUGGUUCGUCGGAUCAGUGACCAGGUCGAGAUGCCGCCUCGGCGAGAUUGGAGGCGCGGCGCAGUUUACUAUCGGGACACCGACGAUGUUUCUUGGAAGUGCGAGGGUUGGGAUCGCGAUCCAAUGAUUCGCGGAAGCGGGAGGGUUGAGAUCGCGAUGCAACGCAUUUCUCGGAAGUGCGAAGGUUGGGAUCGCGAUUCAGUGCUGCUUGGAAAUGGAAGGGGUCUGAUCGCGAUCCAAUGGUUCUCGGACUUGCGAGGGUUUGGAUCGCGAUCCGAUGCUUCUUGGAAGUGGAAGGGGUGCGAUCGCGAUCCCAUGGUUCGUGGAAGCGGGAGGGUUGAGAUCGCGAUCCAAUAUUUCGCGGAAAUGGGAGGGUUGGGAUCGCGAUCCGUUAUACAUUACAACAUACUGGAUGGGAUUAGACUGGAUUUGAUGGCAUCUCUGGAUUGGAUCGUAAUGGAUAAGAUGAGAUCGGAUUGUAGUAAAAGGUUCAAGAUUGCUGUGCUGGAGGCGUACGAUCGACGGUGUGCGGAGGCUGUUGCUAUCCUGGCAGGUUGUCAUCGACGGCUUCAAGGACAUGUGGAUCAAGCGCGGGAUGCGAUUCGCGCAAAGCAAGGAGGACCCGGGCGGUUGGAAGAUGGGGUGGUGGUCCCCGCCUCGCGGGGGGCGGCGGACGGGACCCUCUACCCCGUCAAGCUGACUCGUGGCGGAGUGGAUGCUGAAGGCGAAGGCGACGAGGAGGGAGACGAUCAUGAGGUGCACUUUGAAACAGCUGGCGAGAGGCGGAUCAGGGAAGCAUGCCAGAUGCUAGGAGAUUACUUGAGGGAGAAGAUUCGAGAGGGGGUUCCUGCGUUCGACGAUAAUGCGGCGGGAGUGGGAGGAGAAGAGGAAGGGACUGGCAAUAGCUCCCUGUGGGUGCUGAUCAAUCGCGGAAGGAGUGGCGGAGAACAGGAAGAGGGGGGAGCUGUGGCCCGCGAGGUCAAGUUGAGGCUGGAUGAAGGUUUCGAGAACAUCCCGGAAGCAAUCAAAGAAAGAGCGAAGGAAGCUCUGAGGCACCCCAGAGAAUUUGUCAAGGCUAUGGCGUCGAUCACGCUAGGGGUCGCCGCAAGAGUCCAUCGAGAGACAGAAAAGAUUGAUCUUCGGGCGGACGCAGAGAGGCUGAGAUAUAGAUACGAAAACAACAAAGUUGUGGGUGAUGCAACCCUGGACCACGAUGAGAAUGAGAUCCUGCAUUUAGGAAGGGGGCAGCAGAGGCGAACAAAUGGAAAACGUGGCCGAGGAGUUGGGGAGGGGAUAGCGAGGAGUACACUCAGGCUUCUGCAAGAAAGGCAGAUGGCGCAUGCCAGCCAGUACCUUGCGACGCAGGAGGCCCUGAAUGAUGCUGCUGAAGCACAGGCGGCGGCAGAGAUGAUUGAGAGGGAGCUGCAAGGACCGACUGCUGAUGGUAGCAUGGAGGGUAUGCUCUCCAACAGUGGUGAUGCUAUGACUUCUGUUGGAAUCAAUGGUUUCCGAGCGCGAGGAGCUGUGCGAGAUCUGGAGCUGUUGGUGUGGUCCCGCGAGCGGGAGCUGGCUGGGUUGAAAGCAUCUGUGAGUAUCUUUGCAUCAGAAGUACAGAGGCUAACCUGCAUGCGUGAGGAGCGGAAGGAAGCAGAGGAGAUUCUCCACCAGAGAUGGCGAAAAAUAAUGGAGUUUGAGGCAAGGAGGGGUGCAUUGACAGGGAUCUAUAUGGAGCUCAUGAGGGCCAGCAUGGAAGCAUCUGCGCAAUGGGACCAUCGAGCGAGGGAGGCGAUCGAGACCUCAGCGAAAACCAUUGUGCCACUGGGAAUGGUUAUGCCCCGAGAAGUCUUUAAGGUUAAGGAUCUGAUUGUCAAAGAGAUGCACUCCUUCCUGUCUGCACCUCAUCACCGCCUCCCGGCUAUCCCUCAGACACCAAGCAGCCUGAUGCUCGCGAUGGGAACGACCGUUUCGCCAACGAGAGCUGCACUGGCAGCAGCGGCUGUGGCACUUGGAUCUAAUACCGCACUUGGAAUAGGGUCAAUGGGAGCAGGAGGUGGAACAGGAGGAGGAGGAGCCGCAUCGGACACGAUUGCGAGUGCGGAAAGCCACGCUAUGGCAUGGAUUGCAAGAGCAGGCGGUGGCGAUCCGUCCGCGAUCCCAUUGAUAAUGAGGAGUAUGAUCGCCGUGAUGCAGUCCGAGGGAUCCGAUGGGAAAGAUGGAAGAAGGCAUCACUUUCAUCAUCGGCAUCAUGCCGGAAUAGGACCUAGCGGGGGCAGCACGGACGUAGGAGUGCCGGUGGGAAGUGGAGGCGGGGGGGGAAUGGGAGGCGGAGGGGGUAUGGACUGCGACAUUGGGUUUCUAUCUGUCCUUCAAUCUCUGAGGUUUAUUUACCGUGCGCCUGUGAUGUCGCCGGGUGUUCUGCUGUCGACCGUUGCGAAGUGCGUUUGGGAAGCGGGCGUAGUGAAGGAUCUUGUUGGAAGUGGCAGGGAGCUUGUGGCGGCAGCCUCCAAAGCGAAGCCUGAGUAUGAGAGAAAUGUUAUAGCAUGCUCUGCAGCUGUGGCAGCUGUGAACAGUGAGGCAGAAAACGAGUGGCUUCCCCGUGUGAAGAGGAGUGUUGCGGAGGCAAGAGAGGCAUUGAUAGAUGCAGACAGAGCACGCAGGCUUGUUACAGAGUGGUGGGAUCAGCCUGCUGCAGGGGCUGUUCCUUGGGUGCUUGUCGAUGGGGAGAGCGCAGUCUCAUGGUUGGCCAGAGUCCGGCAGCUGCAGGCUGCUUACUAUGACCAAAUGCGAGCAUAAUAUCUCUCUCUCUCUCUCUCUCUCUCUCUCACACACACACACACACACACACACACACACACACACACACACACACACACACACACAGAGAUGCACACACACGAAGAGAGUGGCAGAGGGGUAAUUUAGUAAUUAUAAUAUUAUAUUGGAAGGUUGAAAGUGCUCAUACGUGCAGAAGCUGCUCGUCUGGGGGCGAUUGAUUUAUAGAAUGGCUGGAGCAGACUUCUUGUGUGAAGCAAGAGGACAAGGGGAUCUUCCAAGGCAUGUGAAGUUGAAACAUGCAGAAGCAUGCAUUGCAUGUGGAUGGUUACCCCAGGCCUGGUUUAGAAUUUAUUAGUGUUUUUAAGACUUUUUAUUGGUUUUACGGUUUUUUUUAACUUUUUUACCUGUUGUUGGCUUAUAGAAUUUGUUGUCCAUGUUCUUUGGUUGUGAUAACCUAGUCGCCUUCGAAGC